AUGCAGACGAGGAAGAUGCUUAUGGGAGGAUAUUUCGAGAGAUGCGCUCGAAAGGGUUCAUGUCUUCCCGACAGACGUUCCGAGGUGCCGGCGAUACAUCUUGCCUCAUUAAGGCAGAACAGAUGUCCGAAUCCAUUCCUGCCCAAUCCACCUUUGCCCCAUUCACAACCCCCUCAACCCCCGAACGACUGCCGCCAACAAAGGCACGCAGAUUGUGCAAAUCAUAUGCCCACCAACUUGACGUCUGCUAGACGAGAUCUUGACAGGCGAGAGGGUGUUGGUCCACGUUGA